AAAAAUGAAGGUUUUCAGGUGGUCUGAAUUAUGUUUAGAAGUCAACUCUUCUACGACCGGCUCGAGGGAGUGUCUUCAUGUACUCCGCCUAGUGAGAGUGCAGAACAUGUGUAGACAGACAGGAACAACUCCCACAUGUCACACAGCCUCAAUUACAGUAGCAUGCUCUUAUCUGGGCUAUACUUGAAAACAUAGUCACAUGGUUUGAAAAGAAAAAAAGGCAAGAAGGAGGAGGAAGUUAGGACCGGAUAGCAGCAUGCUUACCUGGCAGAGUUUUAGUCUCAUGAAUUUACCUGACACUUCUGUGCUCUUGGGCACCUGUUGGAGGAACUGACUUGGCCAGUGCGGCCCACGUAAAGGACAUGACCCAGAACGGCACUGUAGCCGGCAAUGGCACUCAAGCUGAUGCACUCAAAAUCGUGAUCGUUGGAGAUGGAGGUUGUGGAAAGACAUCCCUGCUUAUGGUGUACGCCAAAGGAGAUUUCCCUGAGAAAUACGCUCCAUCUGUGUUCGACAAAUAUGUCACCACUGUGUCUUAUGGAGGAAAAGACAUUCAAUUGAAUCUCUAUGAUACAGCAGGCCAGGAGGACUAUGAUCGCUUGAGGCCUCUGUCGUAUCAAGAAGUAAACCUUGUUAUCAUCUGCUACGAUGUGACCAAUCCAACAUCGUUCGACAAUGUCACAAUAAAGUGGUAUCCAGAGGUCCAUCAUUUCUGCCAUGAUGUCCCCAUUAUCUUGAUAGGUUGCAAAACGGACCUGCGAAAAGACAAGGAGAAGACCAGGAAGCUCAAAGCCUUAGAUAUGGCGCCCAUCACCUACCUCCAGGGUGAACAGGUCCAGAAGCAAUUGAACGCUGAAGUAUACCUGGAGUGUUCGGCUAAAUAUAGAGAAAACGUAGAGGACAUUUUCAAAGAAGCGACCAAGCGAGCGCUAGCGGCCAGGGCUAAAGCAAGACACCUCCAGAAGAAGAGGAAUCGCUGUGCCAUCCUGUGACCAUUCCUUGAAGAAAUUGAUUUCGUUCAAGUUUUGUACAUAUGAACUAUGAUAUAUUCUAAACAUUCUGGAACCACCUGCAAAGCUUCUCAGGAUUGUUUAAGUUUCCUCAAAGGAAUAUUUUUUUGGGACAUUGUCUUCCGGUCCGUGCCACAUCUUCCAACUGAUGAUAUGACUUAAUGGAAAUUGGUCGUGGAAGAUGGAUAAACUGCUGCUGAUGUUUUAGGGAUGACAGUACAUCUCAUAGGUUCACAUUGGAAGUUUGCUUACAGUCUGUUGUGCAAUAUUGUGUUGUAUAAUAUUACUGUACUGUUGUAAUGCACAACCGACUCAAGUAACUGUCAUUAUAAUGCACUUGGGUGUAACAUGUUUCUAUUGCGUAAUUCAUGUUAUCUGCAGUUGAAGUUUAAAACUUACAGUAUUUUUCUUUCUGGUGUGAACGGGCCUUAAAGUCCCCAUGGAAUCAAAAUGGAAGUUUUUUGGCCUUUAGAAAGAUGUUCGCUUUAGUGUUAUCUAUAGCUGUUAUCUGUGCUUCAAAAUCAAUACUUACAGUCUCUCACUUUCGCAAAUAUGGAUCAAUGAUUUUGAUGACAUCACUUUGCACUUCAACUUCUCAUCAGAUUUUCUGUCCAAUGAAAUGCUCUCAAGAAUCCAUAGUGUCCCGCCCCGUACAUUUUAAAUAAACUUGGUCAAUUGUUCACACACUUACUAUUUUCUACAUGCUGAAUGGCACAUAUAGGGGAUAGGGAACGGUUUAGACAGUGUAAAUAUGCUUUCCAAUGGGACAAAAGAAGUCUGGUUUCACGAAUGAAACUCCGCAGCUCCGGUCCAGAGACGCCAUGCCACAGAGCGGAUCUUACUGUAGGCCCACCAUUUUAACUGGAAUCACACUUUUUGUUUAUUUCAGUACAUGGAUUAUUUACUAUCUUUAAGUUGAUAAGAUCGAACAUAGAUGCCAGAAAGUGUUGAAUCAUUUAUGUGGUAACAUUUUGUCUGUUACACCCUGUGUGUAGAUUGCACAAAUAAACCUGUGUUUUAAGUUA